AUGGGGGCCAAACCCAGUAAAAGUAGCGAUGAUCAACAGAAAUCUUCCUACUAUGAUCAUUUACCAUACAAAAAGAGGCACAAUCUUCGAGCAGUCUUGAAUAGAAAGAAAAAGAAGAUAGCUGUACCUACACCAUUAUCAACAAUUUCAGUAACACCAGCUACCACAACACCAACAAUAACAAUAAAAGAGAACGAUACUCCGCCUUGUACAACGAUAGACAUGGCGAUUACAAAAUAUAAUGGUAAGAAACCAAUGAGCAGUGCAAGUACAAGCAGCAGUCGAAACAGUAGCCAUAUCUCGCCUUAUGAUUCAAAAAUGUCGAAAAGAAAAUCACCUUCUGUUGCCAAUAAACAUUUAUCAAUUAUCAGUAAUAAUACAAUAACCAGCAGCAAUGAUUACAUUGGACUUUACUUGAACAAGAGCAACGUGAGUAGCGCUGCCUGGACAACACUCUCCAACGAUCCGUUCUCACAAAUACAAGCAACGACUUCCGCAUUUACUGAAAUCACAGAUCACUCUACCAUCUCAAGAAAAUCACUAUACCCUGUUGCUGAAUCCUUAACUUCGCCACCUUCCUAUUGUUAUUACCAUUCUUCAUCCAAUAACACAAGUACGACCAACGAUGGACUAGUUCCCAUUCUAUCACAAGAUAUCCUUAAACAGCUUCAACAACAUCCUGAACAAUCUCAUCGUAUCAUUCAAGAAAACUACCAUCAUGCUCAACAGCAGAACGACCCCUUUGACUGGUCUCAGUUCUACAAUGCAAUUCAUCAGUACACCACAAUUGCUGAUUCAACUAAUAAAAGCAUUGCAAUCGUCUACUUAGCUAAAUGCCUUAUUUUUGGCCUUGGUGUAAGCCCAAACAUUGAACGCGGUUUAAAUUUGCUCAAAACACACCCAUCAUGUGAGACAAGCUAUGCACUCGGUCGAUGUUAUCUUGAUGGCGUUCCUGGCCAUACGAUUGAUAAAGUAGCUGCGUUUGAGUGCUUCAAAAUGGCAAGCGAGUAUGAACCAGUCAACGACUCCAUCUUGACUACAGUGGCAGAAGCUCAGUGCGCAUUAGCUCGUAUGUUAUUCCAAGGUGAAGGCAUCACUCAAAAUACUCAAGAAGCUUUGGAAUAUCUCUUAAAAAGUGCUGAAAAUAACAAUAUGUAUGCACAGUUUUUGGUUGGUGUUCAUUAUGAAAGAGGAUUUGACAUUGCACAAGAUCUCGAAAAGGCAAAACACUAUUAUGGAAAGAGCGCAGAAGGAGGUUUUCCUGAUGCACAAGCUGCAUUAGGAAGUAGACUAAUAGCAGAAUCUAAUUAUGCACAAGGCAUUGAAUGGCUUGAGAAAGCAGUACAAAUGAAUAACUCUCGUGCGCACGUACAACUUGGUAUCUUGUAUGAUAAAGGAGAAGGAGUUGAACAAAGCAAUGAUGUUGCCUUACUUCAUUACAAAGCAGCAGUUGAGAACAAUAAUCAUGCAGCUCAGUAUAUUCUCGGCCUUGUUUAUUAUUUUGGUCGACUCGGUAGACAAAAGAAUCACAAAGAAGCAGUUCGGCUUAUCAAGCAGUCUGCUAUGGCUGGUUUACCAUACGCACAACGUGUGUUUGGUCAGCUCUAUCAACAAGGAAGUAUUGUAUCAUCACAAGAUUCAGCCGUCGUUGAUUCUCGACUACGUACAAAAAAGAACGAAAGAGAAGCUAUUCGCUGGUACAAACGUGCUGCUACAGGAAAAGAUGUGGCCGCUAUGGCUAUUCUGGGUAAAUGCCAUGAGCAAGGUAUUGGUGUCGACGUUGAUUUGGAAAAAGCUCUUGGAUUUUAUGCCAAAGCUGCGGAAGCUGAUAGUCCGUAUAUCUGCAAUGCUCAGAUCGAUCAAGCACUUUUGUUGCAAAGAAUGGCACGUCAUGCAGAAGCUUUCCGACUCUAUACCACAGUUUUAAAAAAUGCUGAUCCUCAAAAAGACAUUCAGCCAUUGCACACAGCACAAUUAUCAAUAGCAAGGUACCAUUUAUGUCAAGACAUGGAGGGCGUACCAUAUGACCCCGUGUUAGCGCACAAGAUGCUUCUCGAUCUAGUUGAAAAAACAAACGAUCCCCAUGCUCACUACUGGCUAGGUUCGAUCUACGACGAAGGUAUCUCGGGGUUUUUUGAUAUUGACCGUCAGAAGGCGUUUCACCAUUUUAUGACGGCUGCAGAAGGCGGCGAUAACGACGCUACUUUUUUGGUUGCUUAUAUGAUGUCGAAUCAUGUAAUUCCUUCCAAGGGUCCAGUAGAUGCAUUUCCAUGGUACCACAAAGCAGCCGCCAAUGGUCACCCUAUGUCUAUGUAUUCGGUAGGCCUUUGCUUCUAUAAGGGCAUUGGUCAGCCAGACAAUAAGCCUAAUUUGGAUAUAGCUUUAGAAUGGUUUGAAAAGUCUGCUCGGCUUGGAGUUGCUCAAGCCAUGUCUUAUAUUGCUCGCGUAUACCUUCAAUUUAUGGUAACACAUACUGAUAAUCCUCAACAAAGUCAACAAUACUUUAUCAAGGCUGUACAGUGCCUUAAGAAAGCUAUAGAAAAUAACGACACUUUUGCUCAACGCGAACUAGGCAAGAUUUAUUUGACAGGUCAAGGACUAGCAACAGAUUAUCCCAUGGCAGUUGAUUUACUUGUCAAAGCAGCUGCAAAAAACGACGCUGAAGCAAUUGCUUUUUUAGGCGACUGCUACCAAAAAGGUACAGGAGUGGAAAAGAGUUUAGAAAUCGCUGCAGAACAUUAUCUACGUGCUGCUACCUUGGGCUACCCUUAUGCUUAUCCUGCAAUAGCUGAACUAUACUAUCAAGUUGGAAACAUGGAACUUGCAUAUGAUUAUUAUUUAUUGGCAUCAAAAGAAUCGAAGAUUGCACAAAAUAAUAUUGGCAAAACGGCUCGUAUGAUGGUAGCAAGAUUAGCACUUGGUUAUAUCCCUCCUGCUCAAACCAAUCCUACACUUCUUCAAAGCCUGUUUGAAGCUAAUAAAACAAUUAGCCAUGAAGCUGCAUUUGAUACCCUAUCAAAGCUGGCCACUCAAGACCAAUUCCCACAAGCAUUCCAGCCCCUCGGUUGCUGUUUCCUUCAUGGUACUGGUACUCAAGCCGAUCCAUUGCAAGCUAUUUUCUGGUUCCGCAAAUCUGCAGAAGAACUAAAUGACAGUAUUGCUUAUUUCAACCUUGCUGAUAUAUAUGGUAGCGGAUUUAUUCCGAGCAUUCCUGUCGAUAUCUCAUUAGCACUCAACUAUCUAAAGAAAAGUGCAGAAUUGGGAUACACAGAAGCACAGUAUCGCAUGGGCAUUAUCUAUCUUCGUGGAGAAUAUGGCGUACGUGUUGAUGAACGAGCUGCAGCUAGCUUUUUUAAGCUGUCAGGUUCCAAGUCGCAUGCAGAAAGUAUUUGGAUGCUGUCCCAAAUGUCUGGAAUGAUCGAACAACAUGAACUAGAACUGCAAUAUCAAAAACAAGCUGCAUCUCUUGGCCAUGUCCUUGCUAUGCGUGUUCUCGGCCAAAAAUACCUCAAGCAAUUACAGGUUCCUUUUCUGAGCACUACGAUGCAACAAGAAUAUUUAGAUAUGGCGCUCAAGUAUUUACAUAUGGCUGGAGAUGCAGGUGAUACAGAAUCGCUUGUCCUUUUAGGAAAAACUUACAACAAUUGCACAAAGACAAAAAUCAAGUUUUCAAAUGCGCAUCAUUUACCAACACCUAGCAUCGAUCAAGACGAAGAAGAGGAAGAGGGAGAAUCACGCUUUCAAUGCGAAGAAGAUGAAAAAAAUUUGGCGAUUGAAUGUUUUGAAAGAGCUUCUAAUCUUGGUAGUGUUGAUGCUACUGUCUAUGCUGCUGAAGCAUGGCACGAACAAAAGCAAUAUGCCGCAGCGCUUGAAUACUUUGAAAAGGCUGCAAGUCAAGGAAGUGUACUUGCGCGCUUCUUUUGUGCACGUUACCAAAUCGAGGGGUAUGGUGGUUGUACACUUGACCCAAAAAAAGGCUUUCAAGAGCUUUUGAUAUGCGCGAAUGAAUUAAAUUGUGUUCAUGCUUAUAAUACGCUAGGUCAGUGUUACGAAAACGGCAUUGGAACAGUCAAAGAUGAUCAACUUGCAUAUGAGUGGUACAUUCGUGCAGCCAAAAUAACGCAUGAUGCGGAAGCUUAUUACCGUAUUGCUAUCAUGUACGCUCAAGAACGUAUCCCUUCACAUAAUCAUCAUCAUCUUGAGGCUUGUAAAUGCUUUAAUAUGGCAGUGAAUGUCACACCUGACAGUCAUGGAAAGUCAUGUUAUCAACUUGGUCUAUACUAUCUUGAGGGCAUUCGAGAUGAAGGCAAAUACUUGUUGCAGCCCGAUGCUUGUUUAUCCAUCAAAUAUCUUCGGACAGCAGCUGAUCUUAAUGUACAGGAAGCCAUGUUCCAACUUGGUAUACUCUUUUUAAAUGAUGACUAUUCUGUUGAAGAACAAGAAGAAGGCCUUGCUCAUUUGCAACGUGCUGCUGAACUCGGUUUAAAAGAAGCACAGUUUGAACUUGGUUUGCUUUAUCAUCGCGGAAAAGAAAUUAUAUUAAAGGGACGUUAUGACGAUGAUGGUCAAGAAAACAACAUUAAUCAAGAUGAAACAAAAGAGGAACGUAUACUACUGCCUCAAGACUUUGAAAAAGCCUAUGAUCUCUUUUGCAGAUCUGCUGUACAAAAGCAUCCUACAGCUACUUACUACCUUGGAAUAUAUCACCAACAUGGCAUUUUUGUUGCGCCAGAUUUUGCUAUUGCACUAGAACAGUAUGAGAUUGCUAUAGAAUUGUUUGAAACUUACGAAACUGCCCCUGAUCGUUGGCAAGCCGAACUCAACCUUGCUCGAAUCCUGCAUCAAGAUAUCGAAAGUCGUGCUCGUGCAUAUGAAUUGUUCCAAGCUGCACAUCUUCAUGCACCCUUAGAAUACAAGUUCCUGUCCGAAAUCAUGAUUGCGCGUUAUCAUCUUCAUGGUUGGGCUAAUGUUACUGUUCAAGCUAAAGAAGCAGCAGCCACUUUGAUCCAAUUUGCUCAAGAAGAAAAAACAGGUUAUCGUGUCUAUUUAGAUGUAGCUCAAUGUUUUGAAAAUGGACUCGGUGUAGAGAAAAACUUGCAGCAAGCUUUCUAUUGGUACGGUGAAGUCGUGAGCAAAGCUUAUUUAAUAGAGCAACAGCAAGACUUGGAAUUUUUAGACCAAGAAUAUGAAGAAGAUGAAGCCACUGCCAUGUUCAAAUUAGCUGAAUUCUAUCGUAAAGGAAUCAUUGUACAACAAGAUACCAAGAAAGCAGACGAUUUGUACAGACUUGCCGCUCAAAAAGGCUCUUAUGCUGCCCAAGAAUACCUUUCUUAUAUACUUCAGAAAACUACUUUAUAUGACUAA